UCAGUGUUUAUUUGCCUCUGUUGAGUAAGAUACUGCGCGGAUGAGAGAUAUACAGUUUUUUUCUGUGUGUGUGACGUACGAAAAAAGGAAAAAUUUGCAAGAGAAGAAAAGUUGAUUUUUUGCAAUUAGAAAAAUUUUAUUAUUCCAAUUAGAGGAAAGUUUAUUGGAAUUAUACAAAAUUAACGAAAUAAGUGUAAUAUGAAGUAAAUUAAAGCAAAUGCAAACAAAGUUAGCGCACGGAAUUGCAUUAAAAGCAUUUAAACAAAGCAAUAUACAAAAAGAAAAUGUUAGAGAUUUUUAAGUGAUUUUUGAACGAAAAAAAAAAUAAGAAUAUCUGAAGAGAACGAAAACGAAAUAAGCAACACUUUUCCCCUCUCAGAAUACGGAAAGAGGAUUGAUUCCUUUGGAAUUUUGUUAGAAGAAUAACAGCAAAAGUGUAGCGAAAUGCCGUUAUUUGGAAAAAAAGAUUCGGCCAAAAAAAGUAAGGCCAAGGAGAUAAAGGAACUAAAUAAAACCAUACCCAUAGAGGAUAAGUACAAUUUGCAUGGUUUGUUGGGUACAGGGGCAUUUUCCGAGGUACGCUUGGCGGAGAGCAAAGAGGAGCCUAGCAAACACUAUGCGGUAAAAAUAAUCGAUAAGAAGGCAUUGAAGGGCAAAGAGGAAUCGUUAGAAAAUGAAAUACGUGUGUUGCGAAGAUUUAGUGCCAAUCAUCAAAAUGAUAAUGCCGCCGCCGCUGCUGCCACAGAUACAAGUGGUAAUAGAUUAACACACCCGAAUAUAGUCCAGCUGUACGAAACGUAUGAAGAUAAAUCAAAAAUCUACCUGGUCAUGGAGCUCGUGACCGGCGGUGAGCUGUUCGAUCGUAUUGUGGAAAAGGGUUCCUACACGGAAAAGGAUGCCUCAGACUUAAUACGACAAAUACUCGAAGCCGUCGACUACAUGCACGAGCAGGGAGUGGUGCACAGAGACUUGAAGCCAGAAAAUUUACUUUUCUAUAGUCCAGACGAUGACAGCAAGAUUAUGAUAAGUGAUUUUGGCCUCUCGAAGAUGGAGGAUUCCGGCAUUAUGGCAACAGCCUGUGGUACGCCCGGCUAUGUGGCACCCGAGGUCUUGGCCCAGAGGCCCUAUGGCAAAGCAGUGGAUAUUUGGAGUAUAGGUGUCAUCUCAUACAUUCUCCUCUGUGGUUAUCCGCCAUUCUACGAUGAGAAUGACGCCAACUUAUUUGCCCAAAUCUUAAAGGGCGAAUUUGAGUUUGAUUCACCCUACUGGGAUGACAUCAGUGAAUCGGCUAAGGAUUUCAUACGUCAUUUAAUGUGUGUAAAUGUUGAGAAGCGUUAUACCUGCAAACAAGCAUUAUUACACCCCUGGAUCUCUGGCAAUGCCGCCGGCAACAAAAAUAUUCAUGCAACGGUUUCAGAACAACUCAAAAAGAAUUUCGCGAAAUCUCGAUGGAAGCAGGCCUACUUGGCCGCCACCGUCAUACGACAAAUGCAACGUUUGGCCAUGGGCAGUAGCGAAGGCAGCAGAAGUAAUCUGCUUAAGGACGCGAAAAACAACACUAGUGCACAAACAACCGCCGAAGGUGAUUCAACAACUAGUGCCAUUGCCGGUGGUGGAGGAGGGAAUGGUGGAACUUCAAAUACGAUUAAUGAAAAUACGACGUCGUCAUCAUCAUCAUCGAAUGCUGCUGCUGAGUUGCAAAACCAAAGAAUCUCAUCGCCAAAUUCUACGGCUGCUGAUGAAUCUAGCCUAAAUAAUAGCGCUCAGAGGAACAAAUAAAUAAUGGUAAAUGGUUUUUUAAACAAAAAUUAAAUAUAAAAUUCCAAAAAAAAAACAAUUUCGAUAUAAACCAAAAAAAAAAGUGAUGCAAAAAAAUUAGGAAAAUCAAAUCGAAUUAUUUCUUUUUUCAUAAAUUGAAUACUGCACAUUAAAAAAAAAACAAAAAAAAAUAUAUUCCUAUUAAGGGCUUUAAAAACGUAUCCAUACAAAACGUUGGAAAUCAGAGUUAAAGAUCGGUCUAUUGUUAAGUUCAAAAAUUGUAUUGUACUUUAUCCGUAUGUUUUAAUUAGCUAUUUAAGGUAUUUAAUUUUAAUUUUUUAUUAACAUAAAAAUUAUAUUUUUGGAAAAUAGAGAUGUAUGUAUUGGUUGCUGUUAAGAAAGUGUAUUGAUAGUUUCUACAACAAAUGUAAAAUUAUUGCAAAACAUAAACAUUUGUUUAAAAAAAUGGUAUUUAAUAGUUUCGGUAACAUGUUGAAUGAAAACUCUGCCUUUUGUGAUAGUAACAAGUACUUUUUAUAUUACGAAAAUUAGUUUAUUCUGUAAUGUCUAAUUUUUAUUUAUUCUGAAACUUUCUCGGUUUUAUACGGGUUUUGAUGUGACAAAUCUGGGCUGUUUUUUUUUAUUAAAAUUUCAAUAAUAAGUGUUAAUAUUAAUUUUCAUUUGCUUGCCUGUUGUCUUGCCAUUUUGAGAUAUGAUUUUACAAAAUAUUUUAAACCAUUUAAGACUGCAUAUUAAUAACUAAGAUUUAUAAAGAAAAAUUUGGUUUGGAGAAUUAAUUUUCUUUAAAUGUUUGAAUUUAAUAAUAAAUUUUUGGAUUUUAUAUAUUUUUUAAAUUCAAAAGUAGCAACAAACUAUUUUAAUACUUUUGGAAGAUAAGAAUAGACAAAGAUCUGUUUAGAUUUAUUUUGGACUGUUUUAAAUUUUGGAAUAUUGAGCAUCAAAUUCAAAUUUAAUAAUUGUGGUAGUUUAUUUAAUGGUUUAUAAAAACAUAUUUUAAUAUUAGCUUUGUUCCAGAACUUGCCAUGUUUGCCGGUUUUAAAUGAAAUAGUUGCCGUACUUAAAAUAUCAAUGUUUUUUUUUUUUUAAUUUUGACAAUUAUAAAAUACUUAACCAUACCGAACGAAAUGUGUGACAUUGCUGAAAAAAGCAUAUUUUAAUAUAAGCUUUUUUCAACUACUUGACAGAAUUGCCGGUUUUGCAGGAAAUCGUUCCCGUACUUAAAUUAUCAAUAUAUUUUAUUGUUUUUCUGAUUAAUACUUAUUGAUUAUUUCUUAUAAAAUAUGACUAUAUCUGACUAAAAUCUAACUAGUAUUUUAUAGUUGUUCUGAUUAAAUUUGACUAUUUCUUAAAAAAUCUGACUGAAUUUUCUGUUUUUUUCUGAGAAAUUUGGACUAUAUUAUAUUAUAAAAUUAUACAUAUUUUGAUACCAGUUUUGUUCCAGUACUUGUUAGAUUUAACAGUUUCGAUCCCGUACUUAAAAUAUCAAUAUAUUUUGUUGUUUUUCUGAUUAAUAUUGAUUAUUUCUUAUAAAAUAUGACUAUAUCUGACUAAAAUCUAACUAUUACUGUAACAAACCAAUAGUAAUUCUUAAACUGUCCUCUGAACAAAAUCUAAAACAAUUUUUGUCCAAUUGGAUAAAAUUAACAACAAGUCCAAGUCAUUGCAUUUUAACGAAUUAAUUUUAUUUAAAUUUAAAUAAAUUUAAAAAACUCAAAAAAACUUGUGUGUUGUUUUCAACACAUACAGUAUAUCUAUGUAAUUUACACUAGCAAUAUAAUUUUUUUGUAUUCAAAAUCAUGAGUUACCAAUAUCAAAUUUAUCUUUAUAUUUUAAUAUCUGUUUGUCAUCAAAAUAGUUUAUCUUCAACACAUUUUACACAAAUAUUUCGGUAAUGAGUACGUUUACGUUUAUUGCUGAUAAAAAAUGUACGUAUACAUACAAAUUACAUAUGUGUGGAAAACCACACAAAAAAAUAUUUUUGAAGGAAAAGUAAAGAAAUUUCAUGAAAAUAGUUUAGCAAUUUUUUUUUGAAUUUAUUAACAUUUAUUAAUUUUGUGUGGUUUUGCACACAAGUGUAAAAAUGAGGGUUAAAUCACAUUUGAGCAAUUUUUCAUACAUACAUGUAUAUUUUUGUUUAAAUUUUUAAAAAUAUUUACCGAAUUUUUGAUGCAUUUUAAGGAAUUUAUUUUUUAUAAUGUUAAGUAUAAAAAAUUUUAUUCAUAAAAAUUUUGUAUUCUCCCCCUUAUUUUGAAAAUCACUUCUCCUCACUUUUAGAAAUUGUUACUAAUUGCAGAUAAUAUUGUAUGAAAAUAUUUGUUAAAGUGAGAUGAAAGUGUUUUACAAAAUAAGGGAGUCUGUCUAUCACCAUUUUAUACAAUACUUUCUAUUUAGUUUACCUGUCAACUAUAUACAUCUUUAUUAUUAAGAAAAUCAUUUAAAAAUCCAUUAAUAUUUACAGCAAAAGUCAUAAAAUGAGUAGGAAUUACACAAAUGUUUUUCUUAUCGGCAAGUUUAAGUGUGACCGUGCAAAUUUUUCUAACAUUUUUUUUACUAUUUAAUAUUAUUAUACAUAUGUAUGUUUUUUUAUAUUUUAUUAUUCAAACGAAUUUAUAUUACUUUUUUUACUACUAUUUUUUUUUUACAUUCUGUACGCUUGUAUUAUUGAUCUUUAACCCUGAUUUUCUAUGAAAUAAAUUUUAACUAUUUGCAAAUUAAAAAAGAAUUAAUAAAUAUUAUAUAAAAACGUGUAACAGUAAAAAAAAAUAAUUAAAGAGAGCAGACGCAUAUUUAAUCCAUGACGAAAAGAAUUGUUUUAAAAUAAAAAAAUACUGCACCUGCUUGUACUCUUACAUAUUUAAUAAUACAACAACAACCUAUAAUUAUCUUUUUCUUACAUAUAUUUAUAUUUAUAAAAAUAACAACAACAACAACUUUUGAUUGUAACAAAAAAUAACAAUUAUACAUAUUAAUAACAAAAUAUAUACAUUCAUACAUUUAACAAAAAAAAAAUUCAAAUCAACAUAAGCUCUCUAAAUAUAUUAACAAAAAAUUAAAACAAUUACAAAACGUACAGAAAAUAUUACUUAAAAAAAAACAAAAUUAUACAUACAUACUUAUUAUAUACACAGUUAUAUUAUAUAUUACUUACAUAUACAUAUAUACUUAAUAAAAAUCUAAAAAAAAACAUUUUUUAUAACUCUGCUUAAAGAAAAAAAAAAUAAUAAAAAAAAAAUUAAUAAAAGCUACUACUUUAAUAAACAAAAUCUCAUACUUAUAUUAAAAAUUAAACUAUAAAUUUUUCUUUUAAUUUCUUUUCUUUUUUUAUGUAAUUUUAACUAAUAUUUAAAAAUGAAACAUUCUCUCUAUCUAAACUAAUUAAAAACGCUCUCUAAUGAAAUACUUAAUUAUUGUACUUAUAUUUAUAGAAUUUUUUUAAACCACUACUUAGUAGUCUAUUUAUAGAUUGAAUUGAAAGAAUGAAGUUCUGAAUGAUUAGAAGUAAAAAAACACGUUAAAAAUCCAUAUAAACUUAAGUAAAGUCUUUAUUAAAUAACAUAUUUAUACUAAGAACUGUUUACACAGUCUAAACUAAUUGUCCCAAAGGGUCAGUAGUUGUAAGUUUUAAAUUAAAAAAGAUAAAUAAAUACGAGUAUAUUGCAUUGAAAA